AUGGUUGUCAAGUCGGCUUCAGGAACUCUGGGCGGGGUGCCUAUGAAGCAUGUUUCUCUCGUGACACUUAUAUUUCAAAACUCUGCCCUCAUCCUGGUUAUGCAUUACUCCAGGAUAAUGCCUCUGACUGGAGAGCAACGAUACCACGCGAGCACAAGCGUCUUCUUGAAUGAGGUCAUCAAGCUCGCUAUAAGCUUGACUAUGGUACGGCACUCGGGUUGA